AUGAUGCUCACUGACGUAAAUGGGACAGAGGAAGCCGCAGAAGAACUAAAUAAAAAGCCGAAAAGUGAUGGGAGCGAUGCACUGGAGUCAGUCAUUAUGCAUGUGGGUGAAAUGGGAUUAUACCAGAAGUUGUUAUUUGCAAUGAUGGCUCCGUUUGGGAUAUUCUUCGCAUUUGUGUAUUUCGUUCAAAUGUUUAUUACCGCAACGCCACAACGCCAUUGGUGUAGAGUACCAGAGCUGGAACAUCUGGAUAUGGAAGUGAGACGCAACUUAACAACACCAGUCAUAGGUGAUGAAUGGGAGAAAUGCUUGAUGUAUGACACUAAUUGGACAGAAGUUCUUAUUAAUAUGACUGCUCCUAUCACCGCAAACCUGAUUCCCUGCAGAGACGGCUUAGAAUUUGAACUUGGGGAUAUCCCAUACCAUACAGUUGUUAGUGAGCGAAGUUGGGUCUGUGAGAAAGCCAGCUAUGCACCAAUAGCUCAAGCCACCUUUUUCGCUGGUUCCACCGUCGGCGGUAUCCUCUUCGGCUGGAUAGCUGACUUCUAUGGCAGGGUGCCAGCUUUGGUUGGAGCCAAUAUAAUUGCAUUCGUUGGAAGUGUUGCCACAAUCUAUACAACUAGUUUAUGGGAUUUUAUCAUAUCUCGAUUUAUCGUCGGCAUGUCCUAUGACACUAUAUUUAUGGCUAUGUAUAUUUUAGCCUUAGAGUACGUUGGUCCCCGUCACCGUACAUGGGUUGCAAAUAUUUCUAUCGCAAUUUAUUUUGGCGGUGGUUGUCUAAUGCUUCCCUGGAUAGCUUUAGCCGUUGGAGACUGGAAAAAAUUGCUCUGGUACACCAGUUUGCCUUAUCUCAUCGUGGUUUUCGUGCCUUUUAUUGUACCUGAAAGUGCUAGAUGGCUUGCGUCUCGGGGCAGAGUGAAUCAGGCAGUAAAAGUCUUGAAGCGAUUUGAAAAAGUCAACGGCACUACAAUUCCUCAAGAUGUAUUGGAUGAUUUUAUUGUGUCUGCAAGUCAAACUCGUCAGAACAAGCAGGAGUCCAUCAAAACUGUUUUUAAGAGCGGCCCUCUCCGAAGGAUGAUGUUUCUAAUGGUGAUGGCAUAUAUGGCGUGUGCGAUUAUCUUUGAUGGCCUCGUGAGAAUGUCAGAGGGUCUGGGAUUGGAUUUCUUUAUCACAUUUACACUGACUUCAGCGACUGAAAUACCCUCCGUUACGCUAUUGGCAUUGGUAUUGGAUCGAUGGGGAAGAAGAAAUCUUGUAUGUGGACCUUUAAUAAUAUCUGGAACAUUAUGUUUUAUUGCAGCUUUUGUACCGAGAGGUAUUCCUCAAGUGUCUCUGGCGAUAAUGGCCAGAUUCAUGAUAAAUAUGGCGUAUAACUCCGCCAUGCAAUGGUGUACAGAGCUCCUACCGACCGCUGUGAGAGCUUCCGGAUCCUCACUUAUACAUGUCAGUGGAUAUGUGGCCACUUUUGUGUCACCAUUCGUCGUGUUUUCUGAAAGAAUAUGGCGUUCAUUACCACUCCUUAUCCUGAGUGUUAUAGCAAUGACAGCGGCUGUUUUUGGUUUUAUGCUACCAGAGACAAAGGGCAGACCGAUGCCACAAACAAUAGAAGAGGGUGAAAGAAUUGUACGGAGCUACACAUUAUGCGGAAGUACUCCAGUAGACGAGACGGAAGCAGACAAUGAUAAAGAAAAAGCCCUUGACACAUUAGUACCUACUUAA